GGACUGAAGCUCAAGAAACGACAAGGAGAAGCGAACAUCUGGCCGCACAUCAUGAAAGGCUACCGGGGCUUUUAGGAAAAAGAGACGACGAAGUGGGCGGAAGUAAAUGAGCGCAAGGAGUAGGCAGACCAUCGACGGAACCCGAAUAUUUUGGAUCCUUUGGACAGUGGAUCCGUUUACACCGUGAUACAUGGGUUAUGAAGGAAGAAUGGAGUUCCCAGACCAUAGCCGCCAGUUGCUGCAGUGUCUGAGUCAGCAGCGUCACCAAGGUUUCCUCUGUGAUUGCACUGUUCUCGUCGGGGAGGCUCGAUUCAAAGCGCACAGAGCCGUGCUGGCCUCCUGCAGCAUGUACUUCCAUCUCUUCUACAGGGACCAGCUAGACAAAAGGGACGUUGUGCAUCUCAACAGUGACAUUGUGACAGCCCCUGCUUUCAGUCUGCUCCUUGAAUUUAUGUAUGAGGGGAAGUUGGAAUUCAGCACUCUGCCGGUGGAGGAUGUCCUGGCAGCAGCCAGUUACCUCCACAUGUACGAUAUCGUGAAAGUGUGUAAAGGCAGGCUUAAGGACAAGGAACUCUCCUCCCUGGACGAAAAGAUGGGUGAGGGUUUGGGACUCGGCUGUCUGGACAGGGAAAAUUCCUCAGAUGGCGAGCUGCACAGUAAGCAGCUCAUCCAGCGACAGCCCCAGACACAGUCUCAGGGGCUUCACAGGGCCCCCCCGGCGGAAGAGUUUGACAUGGACAACAGCGAAGUCAGGCUGGCUGUCACAGAUUGUGAUAGGUCUACACAGAGCAGGCAGAAGGCAAACGGUCACUCUGGCAGGUCCCCGGACCUUGUAAGUGUCAAUUAUGUGUCAGCAGAGGCCGAGCCCUGCGUCCAAACAGCUGGAAAAACAAAAGCUGAUGUCAGUAGUUCCACCGUAUCGCUGUCCCAGAGGUCCCGGGCUUCAGAUGACAUGGACUGUGCACUGGAUUUGUCUUUCAAGCCUCUGUCUAGCAGAGAUCCCUUACACCCCUCCUACGUCUCGGGACAGCUGGCCCUCGACAGCCAGCAGCAGGGCAUUGAGCCACUUGUUAAAGACGAACACGACUUGCUGUCAGAGCAGGAGGACAGUGAGCCGACGAGCCCUAAGAGCCAGCGCUUUGGGAAUAGUGCCAGGAGCUCAGUGGUGACAGGGUUCGCUGCCCUCUUCCCAGGCAACAACGGCUCCACAGCCGCCCUGCUCUCCCAGGAGGAGGACCUGAUGGACGAGGAGGGGGAGGCCUGCAGAGGGAGGGAGGGCGCCCCAGGCAGGGAGUUAGAGGAGAGGAGGGGUAGGCUGCUGGGGGACAGCGAGGAGGAGGAGGAGGACGACUUGGCCUCUUCAGACAUCUCCACCUCCAGCGGCGUGCUCCUGCCCCCGGGGCAACAGGUGUGUGUGUGCCCCCUCUGCAGUAAAGUCUUCCCCAGCCCCCAUGUGCUGCAACUGCACCUCAGCUCACACUUCCGUGAGAAGGAAGGCGCUCGCUCCAAGUUGUCCCCUGAUGGCUCGGUCCCCACCUGCUUGCAGUGCAACAAGACCUUCUCCUGCAUGUAUACCCUUAAGCGGCAUGAGCGCACACACUCUGGCGAGAAGCCAUACACCUGUGGCCAGUGUGGCAAGAGCUUCCAGUACUCCCAUAACUUGAGUCGGCACGCUGUAGUUCACACACGUGAGAAGCCUCACGCUUGUAAGUGGUGUGAACGACGCUUCACCCAGUCCGGGGACCUCUACCGCCACAUCAGGAAGUUUCACUGUGGCCUUGUCAAGACUCUCGCCAUUGGAUAAAACACCUCUCACCAGUGCCAUGACACAAGACAGAAUGUCUUUUCAUACACUGACUACCAUCACUGAACAAUUUUCACGUUAGUAUACACUUGUCGGCAGUUUGUCUGAGACAUAUCUUUUGGAUUCUACCCCAUGUGGCAUUUCUCAAGUUAAAGAUGUAGCAACUUUAAGACUGGAUCUUUUUUUUUCUGUGCUGGACUGUGUCAGAGGCAGACAGUUGAAGGUGCACAGGCUGUUAAGAUUAACAUGGGUGCUGUGAAACUCGAGCUGGAUCUGUGUGGACAAAGGUGAACAAAUCAGAUGAUGCACUUGUUUGUUUCUGUCCCGUUUGUCUCAAUCUGUUGAGUAUAUUUGCUGAAAGAAAAAGCAUCCUAUGUUCAUACCCUCUGGGUAAAUGGGUGAUGGCUAAUGCUAACAUAUGUUAAUACAAUCGUCAGAGUAGGUGAGACUUUGUGCACAUGGGAAAUCAGAACCGUCCGUGAGUAGCAAUAUAUGAUUUUUAUUUUAACUCCUACAUUAUUAUUAUUAUUAUUUAUUAAUUGGGAUUUGUUUAGUCCUUAACAAGUAAACUAUCACAAGGCAGCAAAACUAAUGAAGUCUGACUACUGGAAGUAUGAUUUUUUUUUUUUUUUUUCACUGAUGUAGAAUUUUUGUUUGGUUGAAAUGAAGAUGGUUACAGUUUUCUGUUGUUUAUAACCAGAGGCAAGCAGAACCUUAUAUCAUCGUAUUUCUUUUUUGCCUCGGGGAGAGUUACCAGCUCUCUAGUUGCUAAUGUGAGGGAGCACAUAUCGAUGAAACGGCCUUCUAAUUGCUACGUAAAAAGAAGUUGUCUAAUCAAAGGAGGGAUGGAAAGUAGUUCAAAUCUAAUGCUUCUAACACUGGAGCCUACUGCAGUUCUCAACGCUUCACCUAGUGUACUUAUAAAAACAGGAAUGAGAUAUAGUGCCAUGCCGCCUUCUCAAAUUCAGUGACUUUUCAGGCCUUUUGAAAAUCUGGAUUACACUCGACAUACCAGGUGGUAACAAAGGUAAUUGUCUACUCUGGAAUGCAAACCGAUCCACGAGUGUCCUUAAUGAAAUCAUUUACGAGAAUGUAAUAAAAGUAUGUAAAUCAAGCUCUUGUCAGUUAAAUGUUUAUUGACUCGUUUGGGUUAAAAGCAAAUAGUUGCUAGUCAAUUACCUUGUUAUUUCCUGGUAUGGCACAAAGAGCACACUGACACGGUGUUUAAGGCAAACCCUCAGCAGGCAGGGAGGGGGAAGAGGGAGACCGGUGGAUGCUCAGUGCUAUGACGGUGACUGCUGUUAGCGCUGUGUGUUCAUCCAAAGCUGUGCCAUUCAGCUGAAUCUACUGACUUUUCUUUCUUUGAAUUAACCUUUUCAGAUUUUAUUAUAUCUUCUUACUGUAUAUGUGUAAGUUACUACUGAUGAAGCUGGAGCCUUUAGUGGUGCUGUCCUUGAAAGAAUCUAUGGGCAGGAAAUGGAUUUCUUCUGUCUGUUCACAUAGAUGCUAUAUGAAUUCUUAGCAGGGGGCGUAGCACUAAAAGUUCAUGAUAUUUGUCUAAUCUGUCCUGAGAAGACUUGAUCAGAAUUUAUUUAUUAGUUUGACUUGGUUCAGGGUUUACUGUAGGUGUAGUUCUUAUUUCUAUAAGCUUGAGAGACAUUGCGUCUUGCCUAGCGAUUUUUGGUACUCAUUAACUGGUAUUGGGGCUGUCUGUUCAUUUUCUCUGUGCAAAUCAAGUUACUGUAAUUGUAUUUUAAUAUACCGUGUAGAAACCUCCUACGGAGUAUUCAAGAUUUGUCACAUGGAACAUAGAGAAGCACUUGUUUUUAGCAUGCAUAUAGUUUCAACACUAUUGUCUAG